UGUGAAUCCAAUACUCGUCUAACCUGUAAUUUGUUCUGGGAUCCACUGCGAUUCACAGAUAGUGAUCCUGGACCUUCGGUUUCUGUGUUUUGCUUUGACUAGUAAGGAAAAGUGGGGAUGAACUUGAAUCUGAACAUAGAAUGGCUGGAUCAGUAGGUAAGGAUGGCAAUAUUGCCCAAAAAACAAUGCCAUAUCAAGACGUCAAGGAUCGCUUUGCUCGAGACGGCUUUGUCUCCAUCAGAGGCAUACUUCCGACGGAUAUCGUAGAGGAAUGGGAGGAUUUUGGAAUCGAGUUUUUCAGAAAAACCUUCGAGCACCUUCAUGAAUACGGUCAUACGGCUUAUCCAGAGCACUGCCGAAUGCGAAACGGAGAAAAGGAAUUCGCCCUUGGCCUUGGCGUAAAAAGUGGCUUUCGAGAAAUCGUUAUGAGGAGCCCAGGACGCUACGAGAUUUCAAUACUUAACAGCGUCAAAGCUGGCCAAGGUAUGCCGUCAUUGGUUCGAAUAAAGGAUCUGCUGGCGGAAACCGUGCCUAUACUUUUGGAGGAAAGGUCUUGGGAGUCGCUUUCCGUUUGCAACUUGUCAUUUGUUGUAUCAACUCCUGGCUCAAAAGAGCAAGCAUGGCAUGCCGAUGGUGGACACGUCAGCCUACGAGAGCAUCUCCCUUGCCAUGUAUUUAAUAUUUUUGUUCCGCUGAGAAAUGUUUCCUUGCAAAUGGGGCCAACUGAGUUCCGUCCUGGUUCCCACAUUUAUACUCGCAACCUUGCGCCGAUGAUGCUGGCAGCCAAAGCUCGAAAGACGUUGAGGGCUCCUGCUGCUCCCUUGCUUAACAGAGGGGACAUAUUGGUAUUUGACUACCGUGUACUCCAUCGAGGACUCGCCAAUCGAUCCGGCUGCAAUCGCUCAUUCCUCGUCCUGACCGUCUCUAAGCCAUGGUUCAAAGAUAUUUUGAACUUCCCGGCAAGGUCUAUGCAUAGUACGGUAUCGUAG